UCUUCCUUACUUCUUCAUUCUUGCAAACCACUCCUCACUCUUAGACCAUUACCUCCCAAUUCAGUGAUUAUUGUACCUCAGAAUCAUAUGACCUUCAUUGUUCAUACUUGUUUGUGUUGUUAGAAAAUUCACGGGUCUCCUUCAUUUCGUUUGUCGCCCUUACUCUCAUGCUGUGCAAAGAAAAGAUUAAUAAACGACUAUGGAAGAAGGAAGGCAAUACAGAAUGAAUCCUGAAGUGUUCCGAGCUGCUUCCUCCGGUGAUUCAAGUUUCUUUGAAAAUUUGGAAGAAUCCAUGAGUAGUACCCUUCUCCAAGUGACAUUCGAGAAUAACACUGUUCUUCAUGUUGCUCUGCAAUUCAAAAAAUUUGAUGCUGCAAAAAACAUAGUCAAUUUAAGUCCAAGACUUGUGUAUGAAAAAAACUCCAAAGGCAAUACUCCGCUACAUGUUGCUGCGAUGGUAGGAGAUACUUCAUUGGUGACGCUCCUAAUAAAACAUGCCAAUGAGCUGGAUGUUGAAACAGGUGGACGACAGCUUCUGAGCAUGGCGAAUCUUGAUGGGGAUACUAUCUUGCACGUUGCUGUGCGAUAUGGUAACUUUGAGGUUGUGAGAGAACUAAUUAAUGAGAAUGAUCCAGCAGAACUGGCUAUGCAGGUAAACAAGGCUGGGGAAUCCGCACUGUUCCUCGUUGUGGAUAGUCAAGACUACGACAUCGCUACUCAUAUCCUAAGAAAUGCUCCAAACUGCUCCUACGCUGGAAGGCACGGCAUGAAUGUCUUACAUGCACUUGUCAUUCAUACUAGUAGUUAUAGUAACACCCGAGAUUUUCUCCCCAAAUAUCUAAAAUGUCGGGAACAAGAUGGACUGAAAGGAGGAGGACGUGUCCUUGUAGCUGUCAUAUGGGUCUUCCGUAAGCUAUUUUGCAAACCUCUUCCGGAAUUCCGUACGCGUCGUCCGGAAUUUAACAAUCACAUAGAGUUAGAGAGGGUGACGGAGGAUUUGACGAAGGAUUGGAGUCCAAUAUGGUAUUUCUAUAUCUUCUUAGGUUUUGUAAAAAAAGUGGUGGAAAAAUGGCCAUCUGCAAUUGAAGAAGGCGAUGACUCAGGAUGGACUCCUCUACACAUUGCCGCACAUUUGGGUAAUGAGAAAUUUGUCAAGCUGCUUUUGGAAAAUGGAAAUUCCCCUGCAUAUGUAAGGAACACAGAAGGUUUAUCCGCUCUUCACGUUGCGGCCAAGGAAGACCAGUAUAGUGUAAUCAAAGAACUCAUGGAAGCAUGUCCAGAUAUGUACGAAUUGUUGGACAACAAGGGUCAGAAUGCUCUUCAUGCUGCUGCAGAAAGUGGAGGAUGGGCUGCAUUUUUGUUUUUUCGGAAGAAGCCAGAGUUUGAGGGCCUCAUCAAUCAGCAGGACGAAGAAGGAAACACGCCUACAAAUUUAGCGGCCAUCAAUGGGCAUAUCUAUACGAAAUUUGAAUUGGGAGAAGGUAGACGUGUUGCUUUAAAUGCUACGAACAGGGAGGGGUUCACCACAAUGGACAAUAUUUUGUUAAGAAAGAAGUUAGGCUCCUGGCCAACGACCAAAGUGUGGAGUGAAGGCGCUCGACCAAGUCUGAGGGGAGUACUCUUAAAAAUGGGCAUUCGGAAAUUGGACCCUAGAAAGAAAUCAGAAAUGGCAGGCGAUGACAAGGACAAUGGCAAUGGCAAGGGAAUGUCCCAAUCAGAUUUUGAGAAGGGAGUGAGUAAGACCAAUAUGUUGGUGGCCACACUCAUUGCAACUGUGACCUUCACGGCAGCUUUCACGGUGCCUGGUGGAUUUAAUCAAAACGGAAAAGUGGGUGAGGGCUUGGCAGUAUUACGCAAUAAACUUGCUUUCCGUGUAUUUCUGAUUGCUAAUACCUUAGCUUUUGGUCUUUCCACCACCUCUCUAUUGGUCCAAUUUAUGGCUUCAAUAUUAUUGACUAAUGAAGUCUCCUUUCACGGACAAAUGGGGAGACGCGCCCCUCUUUUCACAAGUUGGUCUAUUGGAGCAUUACUGGUAACUUUUACUGCAGGCACCUAUACAGUAGUGCCACAAUCUUUUGGGACUACUGCAGCUGUUAUUCUUUCUUGUUGCUUCCUAUAUUGCAUAUUUUUACCUUUAUCAAUAAAAACUGGAAAUGAAAAGUCUUUAAUAAGAAAAGUUGUGUCUCGGUGGUUCCGAAGGUUUAUUUUAUUUUUUUUGUAUAAGUGUUGUUCGUAAGUUGACCUGGCUUUGAAAGCUGUUUGCUUGCUAAGCCCAAGCUGAUCUGGGAUGAUUUCAUUGAUUGGGGGCCUUCAGAGUUCAGAAUUUGAAAGGAAAAAGGCUUUAAAAGCUAUGUUUCGUAAGUUGGUAUGGGCACAUUUGGAGUUAAGUGGAAUUCUGUCAGUAUGAGGAACGAAAGCAUGCAUUAUCAUGAACAUUAUAUGGGAGGCUUCUUGUGUUUAGGCUUGUACCAAAGACUUUGUUAGGUGUG